CACUCUUCCUUGUCGACGAUCUCAUAACGUCUGCCAGUGGCAGCAAAGACAGCUUAGCGCCUGUGAGAGAUCUACCAGCCAAUAAUUUGAGGGGGAUUCCUCUGAAAGACUGCUGCUCUGGCUCUGCACCCCCUCCGGCCCGUACUCCAGCUCGGAUUCGCAUUCUCACCUCUUCCCCCAACCGGCGGCCACGGCACAAGCGCAAGUCUAACGGUCAAGCCGGUGGCUACCAAACGCCUCAGGUGCCCUUCUAUUCGUUGCAGCUCCCGAGAUCUAGGCCCGAUGCCGCGGUUGGGCCACAAGAAGUCAAGAACGGGGUGUCGCCAAUGCAAAGCGAGGCAUGUCAAGUGCGAUGAACUCAAACCGUGCUCCAACUGCGCAAGACACGGUGUUCUGUGUAGCCUGAUAGAUCCGAACGCGCCCCCGCCUGUCCCAACUUUAGCAAGCAGCAGUAGCAGCAGCAGCAGCGCGCUGAAAAAGACUGCGAAGCCCAAGACCGAACUUGAAGACGGCAGUGUACUGUCAGCGAUACCUUCGAAGAAUGUCGACCAAUCAACAGUUACGGAACCAUCAGAUGGGGACUCGCCUAGAUCAGGGUCGGAUCAUUUCCCUUUCAUCACAAACUUUGUGAAACGACGUGAGAUUAGCGAGGCAGAUCUAUGGCUUUACGAUUUGGAAGCAAUGCAUCACUGGAUGACCGAUGGCGUCGAAACGUUGUCGCUAUCACCACACAGCACACACAUCUGGAGGACUGUAGUCUCGAAAGAAGGCCUCAAGCAGACAUUUCUGCUACACGAGAUCCUCGCAUUGUCGUCGUUCCAGUUGGCUCACAACAAGCCAGAACGACGAGCGGACUACUAUGCGGCCGGUACACAUCAUCAAGACCACGCCCUUCGUGGCAUGCGAAAGCUGCUUCAGAACAUCACAGAGGAGAACGCACCGUCGGCAUUCGCUGCUUCUACACUGAUCCCAAUAUCGGUCUUUGCAUCGAGAGGAUUAGACGCAGUAGAUCCAGAUGCCCAGCCUCACAACGCACUUGACGAUCUCGCCGAUAUCUUCAACUUGAUUCAGGGCAUCGGUCGGGUGAUGGCCGCCGCACAGAUGGGCAUCAUGAUGAGCGGGCCCUUCCAGCACCUCUUCAGAGACCCUGUCCACGAGACCGCCCCGCAGCCCCUCUUCCAAAAGAUCCUCGAGCGCAUCCCCAUCCUCACCGCUCUCUUCGACGAGGACGAGUCCCUCGACGAAGACUCGAGUCGCGACCUCCUCGGGUUCGUCACGGGCAUGCGCGAAAACCUGCUGCGCUGCAGCAAGCCCUGCAUGGAGAAUCGCGACAUGCGCUUCCUCUUCUACUGGCCGUUCCACCUCAGUCCGAACUUCAUGUUCGGGCUACGCCAGCGCUCCCCCGGCGCCCUCGUCAUCAUCAUGCACUGGACCAUCAUCGUGGCCUUCGCGGCUCGCACAUACUGGUUCCUGCGGGGUUGGGCGGACCGCAUCGUCAAAGCCGUGACAGACGAAUUGACCGAAGAGCCCUGGCGCGAGGCGAUUGAGUGGCCGCUGAUGCAUAUCGACGCGCAGCGGGUGGUGCCGCCGCCUGCGAUCCCCGAGGUCGAGAACCUGGAGAUCUAAGCCGCGAGAUGGCAUGCAAUAUGCGAUGUAUCGAUUAUGUCUAUCCUUGAUGGUUGUUUGUUCCCGCGAGAUGCAUCGCGCGGCCGGGUAC